GCGAUGGCUCGAUCAAUUUCUACUUCAGCGAACGAUUUCCUACUUAGGUUUGUGCCCCUGAUUUACUGGGUUUGCUUUCUGAAGAUAACAGACGUGUUCGUCAAAAGAUUCAAGAUGUGAAGGAAAUUUACGAUCGAGGUAGUUUCCCUGAAGGUCUUGUAAUUGAAAGGUCUCCAGCUAUUGGAAUCACUUUGCCAACAGAGAAUAUGGUGGGCGAGGUUAAUGUGAAGGAAAAAAUUUGGGAAUACUUAAUGAGUCGCGAGGUUGGAAUUAUUGGAGUUUGUGGAAUCGGUGGAGUUGGCAAAACCACUGUUAUGAAACACAUCCAUAAUGAAUUACUGAAUGAGGCUAGCAGGUUUCUGAAGGUUGUCUGGGUUACAGUAUCACAUCCUCUCAAUGUUUUCAGAUUGCAAGAUGACAUUGCUAGGGCAAUGGGCAAAAAUCCUUCAGAUUGGGGGGAUGAAUUGAACCGGGCAUCAAGACUGAUGAAGGCUAUGAAAACAGUUAAAUAUGCACUGAUCUUAGAUGAUGUGUGGGAUAAAUUUACUCUUCACAGCAUUGGAAUCCCAGAACCAACAAUGGAAAAUGGGUGUAAAAUUGUUAUUACUAGCAGAUCCAUUGAUGUAUGCAACUACUUGAGAUGUCAAGUAGUUAAAGUACCACCUCUACCAGAGCAAGAGUCUUUGAACUUGUUUUUAGAUAAGGUUGGGCAAGAUGUUCUACGAAUUCCCAAUUUGGAAGAGAUUUUGAAGCUUAUGGUGGCUGAAUGCGCUGGUUUGCCAUUGGCCAUUGUUGUCAUGGCGGGGAGCAUGAGAGGAGUACAAGAUAUUUCUGAGUGGAGAAAUGCAUUACGUGAAUUGCGUCAAUGUGUGGUGGACACACAGAAAGAUUCAGAAGAUGAGAUAUUUAAUCGUUUGAAGUUCAGUUAUGACCGUCUACCAAAAAAUUCAAGCAUCCAAGAGUGUUUCUUAUAUUGCUCAUUGUAUCCGGAAGAUUGGAAGAUUAGAAGAAAAGACCUAAUUGAAGCCUGGAUUUGUGAGGGAAUUGUUGAAAAAUUAGGAAGCAUAAGAGAAAUGCAUGAUAAAGGAAAUGCUAUUUUAAAUAGGCUUUUGAACUGUUGUUUGUUAGAGAAAGCCUAUACAAAGGCGUGCGUUAAGAUGCAUGAUGUUGUGAGGGACAUGGCAUUGCGCAUCAAAAGGACGGGUCCUGGUAGGUUUAUGGUAAAAGCUGGAAUGAGGUUGACAGAGAUACCGGAUGAGGGUGAAUGGAAUGAAGAUCUAGACAAGGUCUCCCUCAUGAACAAUGUAAUAUCAUAUAUCCCUCAAAAUAUGUCCCCCAAAUGCUUGAUGCUCUCAACCUUGAUUUUGGAGGGUAAUUACGGAUUGAGACAAAUUUCAGAGUGUUUUUUUGCUAACAUGCCCUUGCUGAAGUUUCUUGAUCUUUCUAGAACUGACAUUGAGGUUCUACCUAAUUCCAUAUGUAACUUGGAAUGUCUCACUGCACUGAUCCUCUGUGAAUGUAAGCGUUUAGAACGCAUGCCUUCCUUGUCAAAGCUUAAAGCACUGAAGAAGUUGGAUUUGAAUAGAGCAGGCCUUCGUGAGGCUCCUGAAGGCAUUGAAAUGUUAGAAAAUCUGGAAUAUCUUGAGUUAUUUUGUCCAAACAUGAGGGUGCCACCAAGAGAAAAAAUCAGUAAGCUCUUCCGCCUCCAAUACCUACUUAAACAUCGGAUUUUUCCAACUGAAAUAAGAGGAGAAGAAGCAGCAGGAUUGAAGAUGCUGGAAUGGUUUGCAGGUAGAUUUGAUUGGCUGAAAGACUACAACAGUUUUGUUAGCACGUUGAAACCUUUUGGAAGACCCUGUCAUUACUUUAUCAAAGUGGGACGCACAGACAGAGAUGAGAAGGGGCAUUUUUGGAAGUUCAGCAAUAAGUAUCUUCCUAAACGGGUAAUUUUAAUCGGAUGCGAGAUAGGAGAAGAAGAUGAGUUGGUCCUUCCAGAUGACCUUCAGGAUUUGAGGAUUAAAGACUGCAAUGCGGCCGGUGAUAUUUCUAUUUUUCAGAAAGAUCCUACUCAAUUGCAAACAUGUACUUUGGUAGACUGCCGAGGGAUAGGGUGUGUGGUCUCUUUGUCAUCAUCUUCAUCUACUUCCUUGACAGUUAUGAAUAACCUUGAACUACUAUUUCUUGAGGGUUUGGCUAGCUUGCGGGAUGGUCAGGGCCUCCAAAACUUGGAGCUGAUUGAGGUGAAACAUUGUUCGGGGAUGGAGGAAAUAAUAGGAUGGGAAGAAGAAGAGGAAGGAAAUCAAACAACUACUCCAAUAUUGAUCACUCUUCCAAAAUUAAGGAAAUUGGAGUUGCAUAUCCUAUCAGAGUUGAAGAGAAUCUGCCCCGAAAGAAGAGUAAUGGUUUGUGAAUCUCUCAAUAGCAUCACAAUAUCGCAUUGUCCAAAGGUAAAGAGGAUUCCCCUUUGUCUUGGAAGGGAUAACGCGCAACCAUCUUUUCCUGCUGUCAAAUCUAUGUAUAUUGUCAAUCCAAAAGAAUGGUGGGAAUCGUUGGAGUGGCAGAAUCCUGACGAUAAGAUUGUCCUCCUACCUCUCCUCCAAUAUUAUGAGCUCUUCGGCGACCCUUGGGCAUUGAUUAAAUAUGAGCCUGUUUAGCGUUUCCUUCUGCCUCUAUGAGUUUCAAUUAUCAAUUGACCAGUUUCUAAUGCGCAACCCAGCUCAGGGAGCAAGCACCUGAAUGGAUUUCCUGAGUCAUCCAUUGAUUAUCAAUCUAGUCAAUUUGUGUCCACUUUCUAAUGCCCAGCCCAGGCUGCAUCUCUUACCAUCUCAAACCUAUUUCUCCAACUCAGCAAUAUAUACAGCUAAGGAAAUGGGACUCACACUCACUUCAAUCCAAUGCAAUCUCUGUUGUAAUUUGUUGUUUUGUGCUAUGGAUGAACUUUGUUUAAUUAAUGUUUGUUUAAGUAAUAUUUGUUUUAUUUUGUGUUGAAAUAAGUAGUUAAACAGAUU